UUACACGCAACGAACCGAAACGAAGUUGUGCAGCCAAAUCGUUGGGACGUGUUUUCGUUCGUACGAGUUUUUUUUUAAAUAUCACUUUAUUCAGUCUCAGUCCUACAGCCAGACAAGUUUGUUAUCGUUCAUCUGUGAUAAGCGGUUACUUCAUACACAAAACUCAGCAUCGUAAUGAGACUGAUAGAGAAGGUUUUUAAUCCUACGGGCAAAAAACAUGCCGGAACGCUCAUAUUCUUUCACGGUUCUGGCGAUACAGGUAACGGUUUGACGGAAUGGAUACGAUUCCUACUUGGUCGUGACAUGGAAUUUCCGCACAUCAAGGUUAUCAUCCCUACGGCACCGGUACAACCGUACACGCCGAUGGGAGGAGAAAACUCGAACGUAUGGUUUAACCGGAAGCGCAUCGAAAUGGACUGUCCCGAAAUUCGAACCUCGCUAGCAUCGAUAUACGACACCGUCAAUGAAAUGGUGGUUCGCGAGAUGGCUGCUGGAGUGCCAUUGAAUCGGAUCGUCGUCGGUGGCUUCUCGAUGGGUGGUGCACUGGCAAUGCACGCCGGUUAUCAUCUGAAUCGAGACUUGGGUGGUGUAUUUGCCAUCUCUUCAUUCCUGAACACUGGCAGCAUCGUAUACGAUUCGCUGGACUGUAUUUCGGAAGAUGAACGGCUACCAGAACUGCUGAUGAUGCAUGGCGAGCGGGACACCCUAGUGCCGCUCGAAUGGGGCCAAACAACGUUCGACGAGCUGGCCAAGCUGGGUGUAAGGGGUCAGUUCGUUCCCCAUCGUACCGCAUUACAUGAAAUCAAGAAAGAUCAACUAUUGCGUGUUAUCGACUUUGUGCAAAAGAUCAUACCGGAACCGAUGGAUGAUGUGUUCGAACCCACGAAGCCCGAUACGACAAAGUCUACCAAGAACAUUAAGAAAGGAAAGCUAUGAUAUUGUACCAUGCAACCGUAUGAAGCAGCCAAAUCUAGCCCGAUAAGAUUAAACAUGCUAUUUGUUGUUACGUUCGCUUAUCAACCUUGAAGUGAAGAUUUUUUAACAAUGAUGCUGCGCAACUAAGUUGUUGCUUUCUGUACCGAGAGUAAAGAUAAGGAAGUGCUGUGUGCGAAUAGAGGAAAUUGGUUGUUCCUGCAUAAGGAAGUAAACAAACAGCGAACAGUGAACGCACACAUAUUAGUCAAUAACGAAAAGAAAAAAACAACCCCCAACACAACGAAGCGCAUCUAAAAAUAAGGCUACAACACGAAUUUGUUAAGCGUGGUAUCGGGUGGUUACUAUUAUUAGUAUCCUCGUGGCGUUUCGUGAUGGUUUGCGAGCCGUUUACAUUUUCCUACGCCUCUUUCUAAGCAUUAGGCAAAAUGCAUCGUACAAUAAACCUUAUAGUGCGAGGAAAAAUAAA